UCCGGCGGUGGUUAAAAGAGCUUCCCGGCGUGGUUUAUCGCCCUCGCUUUGACUCUGGUUUUAUGAUUCACGUUCGCCCACGUUCCUGAUUUCUCGAGGAGUUACCAUCUCUUCUCCUUGGUCCAGUUAUUUCCCUCUUCUCUUGGUUGUAGCUCCGCCUAUGUAUCUUUGUUCUUCGUUUCCUGGGAGUUUUCCUCUUUGUGCGGCUUAAAGCGAUCGGAAAACUGCAGCAAAAUCCAAUCUUGAUUCCGGAACUUGGCUUUUAAGAAUCCGGGAUUUCAUUUCCUGGAGGAAAGGUUGCUCCUUUUUGGCGCUUGCAUUGGGUUCCAAGGUUUGGGUUUUGAGGGCAUUUCUUCCGAAGAUUUCCUCUUCUGGAUCGUGAAAUGGGCUUUCAAUUGCUGAGAUCUGACACGAAGGUUUCAUCCUGCAAUUGCCACUAUCCUCUCGUCUGGUGCUCGAAGUCGUCGGUCUGCUAUUACCCGCCUUGCCUUCCAAAGUCACAGUGGGAAUAUGCCCAAAAUGUUACUACCAGAUCAGCUCCAGUUCCCAUUGCUUUGGAGGAGAAGCACUCUGAUGACAAGGUUGCGAUCGAGCAGAAUAGUUCAGAGGAUGGAAAGGUUGAGAUCUUUCUGAAGAGCAGCCUAAAGAAACCAAGGGAAAUGGAUUCAGAACAGGUCCGAAAGGGCAAUGUCAAAUGGAUGGACUUGUUGGGGAAGGAACUUGCUGAGAUCAAAGAAUUCGAGACAGAUGAGUCUGAAGAGCCAGAGGAUUACACUGAUGGCGACACGGCAUGCAUUUGUGUCAUUCAAUGAAAACGAUUUACUUCUCUGAAGUCUUCAUGGAGAACACCAAGCUGAGUAAACAUCAUCCAGCUGCUACAAAAAUCCACUCGAUGAUCUGAUUCUGCAUGAAACUCACCAUCGAGAACUGACCAUGAGCCAUCAAGCACCCAGCUAUCCUGCUCCUUUCGGUUCCCAUUCGCAUCAACAAGUCGAAGCUAAAUGCCAAGGAGAUGCAUCCAGCUCCAGAGUGGCCCUGAGUUGGAAGUGAAUGUGAAAGCUAACAGGAGGAUCUAUCAGUGCCCAGGUUAUCCAGCUUGAUGGCAAAUGCAUUAGAAGUUAUCCUAUGUUGGAUUUAAUUGGAACUGAUUUUUUUUUCUUUUUUCUUUCCUUUUUUUUGGAGGGGGGCAUGAAAUCAUGGUUGUUGUGUUGGUUGUUCUCUCAUUAUGGAGCCUUCUGAACUCUAAAUGCAAUCUGUUGAGACUUCCAGCUGAUUGCAGAAACUUGACAUUAGAAAGGCUUCUAAUCAGUGAAAUCUGAUGCUGUGACCUUUAUGUGUCGA